CUGUGUUAAAGCAAGUAAAAGGUACCGUGUUCCUCUGGAUCGGGGAAUAUUGGAGAUGAUAUUGAACAAGAUAUUUAGUAGGAGCAGUAAAACUACCACGGCUUUGUGGAAAUUACAGAGAAAAUGGAUGUCAACUUCAAGCAAAAGUGUAGCUGACAUGGCCAUUAAAGAUGGGGAACUAAGAGUUUUCAUAGUAGCAGGAGAGGUCUCUGGGGACACCCUUGCUUCUCGUCUCAUGUCUGCUCUGAAGAAUCUGGCUCCUGUUCCUGUCUGUUUCUCCGGUGUUGGAGGGUCCAUGAUGUCCAAGCAAGGAUUGAAAUCCUUGUUCCCUAUGGAGGAUAUUGCAGUAAUGGGAAUCUUGGAGUUAUUGCCUCAUCUUUAUAGGUUCAGAGUGAAGUUGAAGGAAACUAUACAGGCUGCUGUUUCGUUUAGGCCUCAUGUUGUCGUGACUGUGGAUUCCAAGGGGUUCUCUUUCCUUCUGCUAAAGGAAUUACGCGCUAGAUACAGUCAGCUAAAAUCGAAUGAUGUGGUACACAUCCAUUAUGUAGCACCGUCAUUCUGGGCAUGGAAAGGGGGUGAAGCAAGACUUAAAAACCUAGCUACCUUUGUCGAUCAUGUCUUGUGUAUACUUCCCAACGAGGAAGUAGUUUGUAGAUCAAAUGGACUGGCUGCAACCUUUGUGGGCCACCCUAUUGUGGAAGAUUGUUUAGAAUUGAAUUCGGGAAAGGAAAAAAUGCCUUGUGAAAUGAAGAUAGAAGGAAAUUGGAAAGACUUCCGAAAAAAAUAUGCAGUACCUUCAGGUGCCACAGUCAUGACCUUGCUACCUGGAAGCAGAUUACAAGAGGUCACCCGAAUGCUUCCGAUCUUUGCAAACACUAUGGAACAAUUAAAACACUCAUUUCCUGAGUUGGUGACAGUCAUCCAUGUGGCACCUCAUCAGCAUGUGGAGGACUACAUUAAUAAAGUUGUACAUAAGUGGCCUGUGCGUGCUAUAUUGAUUCCAGGAGGAUCCUCACAACUGAAAUAUGACGCUUUUAGUGCAAGCAGGGUUGCUUUAUGUACUUCAGGAACUGUUGCUGUGGAGCUGCAGCUUGCACGAUUACCUUGUGUUGUUGCUUAUCGAGCUCACUUUCUGACUGAGUGGUUUAUCAGAUAUAAAGCAAAGAUACCCUACAUCUCGCUUCCCAAUAUUCUCUUGGAUUCACCUAUAAUUCCAGAAGCUCUCCUUCAAGCUUGCACCCCUGAUAAGCUGGCUUCAUUGCUCAUGGAGUUGAUACACGAUGAGGCCCUUCGAGGAGAACAGAUUGUAGCUGCUGAUAAAGUUAUCAGACUUCUGUAUCCUCCAGAAAGAACCAUAACCAACCUGGAACGGCAGGAUCUUGGUUUGACGUUUCCCAAUUACACGCCAAGUAUGUUAGCAGCAUUGGCCAUUCUAGGCUAUGUAAAAUCAUGAAGACUAAUGUGUUAAACACAUUAUGGCAACUAACUCAUGCACUCAGCUGACAUUUGUUCCCUCAGUUGUGAAAUUUAUGUAGAUUUGCAUUUUUCACAGUUCAGGUCCAUAUCCUGGAGUUUUUUUUUUUUUUUUAAUUUUUUACGUGGAUUUGAGUCCAAAUAUGCCAUGUCAAUAUAUUGAUAUCAAACAGCUGCAAAUUUAGUCAACUAGAUUCGUGACCUUAUUUUUUU